GAAGUGAAAGCAGAAAGACUGGAAGUGCCAUUUAAAAGGCUCAACUUAAAGGUUUGCAGAAUGUUGCGUAAACGAACUGGACAGAAAUUUGAAGAGCAAGAAAAUAAUCAUGUGUCUGAUAUUAAAGCAAAAAAUAAAGUAAAACCUAACAGAUUAUUUUGGAAGCUGUUGUUAGUUAUAAUUUUUGUUGUGUACAUUAUUAUUCCAUUCUUGGUAUAUUUGAGUCCUGCUGUUAGACGCCAUGCCGUUUUCCUAAACUAUGUGAGUUUAUCCCGUCAAAAGAAUUUGUCAUUGCCUUCUGAAAGUGGAUUAAAAUGUACGAGAAAUUUUUAUGUUUCUUCAGAAGAUAAUAUAAAAUUAGGGGUAUGGCAUAUACCAGCCCAUUCCUCUUUAUUAAAGUGCAAAGAUGGGCAUAUACCUGUAGGUGAAGAAUUUAAUGAUGAACAACCUAUUUUCUUGUAUCUACAUGGAAAUGCUGGCACUAGAUCCGGGGGUCAUAGAGUAGAACUAUACAAAGUAUUAAGUGAGAAGCUCAAUUCACAUGUUGUUGCUUUUGAUUACCGUGGAUUUGGUGAUUCAACUAAUGAAUCUCCAAGUGAGCCAGGCCUUGUCAAAGAUACAGAGAGUUUGUACAACUGGUUGAGAAAAAGAGCAAAAUCAUCUCGCAUUUACAUUUGGGGUCAUUCUUUGGGAACUGGUGUGAGUGUUGCAUUUUUAAACACCUUAUCAUCAUCCAAAAACCAACCAGGUGGUCUGAUACUUGAAGCUCCAUUUACAAGGAUAAUUGAUGCUGCCCGACAUCAUCCUCUUUCCAUUUUUCAUCGAUAUAUGCCGUUCUUUGAAACUUUAAUUGCAGAACCUAUUGGAGAUAAAGAUACAGCCUUUGAUAGCAUAAACAGAAUUGGCAAUGUAAAAUGUCCCAUACUUAUUCUUCAUGCAGAAGAUGAUGGGUUUGUGCCUUUUUUUCAGGGUAAGGAACUUUAUGAAAGGGCUUUAGCAACUCGGAAAAGCUCUGAUCAUAUCACAAAGUUUGUUGGUUUUGAUCGUAAAUUGGAUCUUGGACACAAACAUAUUUUUCAAAAUCCAGAUCUGCCAAUUAUAAUUAAAGAAUUUAUUGACAGUGUACAGCAGAAGUCCAAGAGAGUUUAAAUGUAUUCUUUAUAUAUUUGUAUUUUUGUACUAUUACUAACAUUCCAUGAAUUUUAAUGUGAUUAUGUUUUAUUUAUAAUUUUUCUUAAUUUCUUGUUACAUUAUAUUUUCGAAUUUGUUUUCAUGAGAUACAUGACGUAAAUCAUAAUUCUCCAUAUCUAGUAAUUGAACUUUCUAAACUGUAUACUAAGGCGUAAUGAACCACAAUAAUUUAUAAAUUUCGUGUAUUUUUUAAAUAAAAUACAUUGCAUGAUAAAAAGAUAUUGUGCAUUAUAUAGUAAAAAGGAUAUUUUUCACAGACUACAUUAUAACUAUGUCACCAGACACAAACAGUAUGUCUAGAAGCUGCAAGAAAAAUGUUCUUGAAGUUCUAAACUUUAACCAACUCUUUUUUUUUUUUUUUUUUUAAAUUUUAUCAAAGAUAUUCACUGUUAGUUUAUUUCAAUAUAUUACCAUGGUUUUAUGAUUUUGUUUACAUAUUUACAUUUUUUAUUUAUUUGUCGUUAAAUGUUAUAUUUAUUAUUUGUGUAUUUUAUUUAGGUAAUAACAUAUGCAAUUGUAAUAAGUUGAAUAUUAAUUUCUUGUUUUAGUAGUUCUAUACAAAGAGACUUUGUAGGAGUUUUUUUUUUUUUUUUUUCCCAGAUUGUAUUUAUAACAAUCUUUUGAUCUGUUAGUAAAUAAAAUAUUUAUCUAUGUGCUUUGAAUGCAUUGAGGCUUGUUGAUUAUGUUUAAGAUAUUUACCACUCUUGAAAAUUUUCUUUAUGAUUCUUAGUUAUCUAUGCACAAUUUCCUUUUAUGCGUUAGUAUAUUUAGAAUUGUAAUAGUUUUGAUAUAACAUAAAAUGCACAAAAGGUAAAUAAAGCCAUUAUGUAGUCGAAUUUCAAUCAGAUGGAAUUAAUUUUGUCACAGCAUUUUCCUAGAAUAACAUCCUAUAUCAUAAAGUACAUUUUUUUAGAAAUAAUUUGUGUUUUGUUUCAUAUAUCAUUUUUAACAAGUAUCUUAACAUUGAAAUUUCUUUCUAAUACUAAUAUUUUUCUAGCUCCAUGGCAGUAUUCCAGUCUUAAGUUUAAUAAUAUCUCAUUUGGCUUUUUUCAAUGUCCCGCAUUGAGUAAUUAGGACUGCUGAAGGUUGAUAGUUCAAUCUGGAUUUGAACUUAAGUGAACAUGCUAGCUGCAUAUUUGAUUUUCGCCAUGUAGAAUGUGACCACAAGCCUGUUUUCAUUAGAAAGUCCUCUCCAAAGACAUCUCCCCCUUAAUAGCAAAAGGUCCUCUUGUGGUUUGUCCUUUUGAUUCUCAUGUACAUAUUCAUUUUUUAAAAAAUUUCUAUUAAUGAAAUAUUCAUAAAAUAUUUUUUACCUGAAUUUUGAUUUAAAUCUCUUUUUACAUAAGAUCUUAUAUAGAAAUUUGUAAAGAAAUUUUGGGGAAUCUUUCUCAUUUAUUCAUAAAUUGGGCAGACAUGAAUAAAAAUUGAAAAUUGUGAAUCUCCUUUCCUUUCCCAAAAUGUUUACAAUUUAUUCACCGAAACCCGAAGAAAAUUUUUGUCUAUUGGUCGUUGAUUAUGCUUAUAUGAUCUUAAUGGUACCUGUUUUUUGCACAAGUUCUUUCUUUUUAUAUUAGUGAAAAAGAAAAUUAAAUAUAGCAUGGAUAAGUAAUAUUUUAAUAAUAUUUUUAAUACUUUUUGGAUGAAAAUGUUAAAUUUCUUUUCAUUUUAGUUCUUUAAAACA